CAGGCUCGAUCCGCCUCAUCCCGAACGAGCGCGCGUACAUAGACGAGGCCAAGUACCACAUCUCCAAGAGCAAGAUCUUCUCGGGGUCGCCGGGCGGGGAGCACCACCUCAUCAGCUUGGAUGAGAUCAAGGCUCUGCAUCCGCUGGUGCAGCUGGACGGUACUGGAAUCUACGGCGGGCUCCUGACGACGGGCGAUGGGCAUAUCGACCCGACCAGCGUGACGAACGCCUUCGCAGACAGGGCCAAGGCUCUCGGCGGCGUCAUCGAGCAGCAGACGGAGGUGGUCGGCCUCAACCUCCUUCCGGACAAGCGCUGGGAGGUGAUCACGCGGACCUCGCAGGGCGAGGAGAACCGCACCGUGGCCGACUUCGUGGUGAACGCCGGAGGCCUCUGGUGCGACGUGGUGGGCAGGAUGGCGGGCGUGCACACGCCCUCCGUGGUGCUGCAGCACCAGUACCUCAUCACUGAGACCAUCGGCGAAGUCGAGGCCUACCACAAGGAGCACGGCCACCAGCUGCCAGUCCUCCGCGACCUGAAAGGCUCGUUCUACCUGCGCGACGAGGGGCACGGCAUCCUCAUCGGGCCCUACGAGAGCGAGAUGGAGCUGGCCCCGGCUUCUUGGCGCGAGAAAGGC